ACAUUGUUAUUUGUGUUUAUAUACGUUAACCUCCUAUAAACAAAAAACGCAGUCGAAAUGUCAGGCCUGGAAAAAUUUCAAGACAAUCCAGCAUGGCGUCAAAAGUUGCUCAAACAUUUGCUCACGGAUCGGCCACGACCAGCUGCACCUAAACCACAAGAAGAGUCAUUCGAUCGUCGUCCUAGUGUGGGUAUUGUCUUGGAUUUUCCGGCUCUAAUACAGGCUCGCAAAGCUGAACUGGAGCUGAAGCAGCAGCAGCAGCGCGAGAAUAAAACUACUUCAUCAAUGGAUUCAGAGAGUGGACAGCAAUAUAUGUUCCCACUCACGGAGAAUACAGCCAAACAAAUGGCCGAUGACAGUUUCGAUGCUCUCGAGCGCAUGUGCGAUAAGACUGCCUCCGACCCAGACAGCACACUCUUCCAAUAUUUGAACAGCGAUGAUAAGGAACAGGUAUUGGCUACAGCCAAGAGGCAAUGCUCGCGUUCAAACAUAUCUGAUGACUUAGAAACGGAGUCUUUGCGCCGUAUGCUGGCGGAUGUAGCUGAUCAAGCUGACUUGUGCAACGAGAGUCCACUAAAGAGUGCAGAGUGCACACAGUUGGAGGAUGUUGAGGCGCCAUCACGUUUCUGGGAUAACGAUUCUAUGCUCAAUGCCACCGAUUCACAUUUUCCGCUAAAGACAGAGACAUCGCCCGUCAAAAUGGUCGGCCUGUUGCGCCCUUCAACCAUACUGGAGGCCAAUGAGGCCGAUCUCACUGGCUUGCAAUCAGAUGAGUCCUGCUCUCUCAACAGCAGCUUUCUGACAGCCAAGACGUUGAGAACGGAGCUAGGCUCUGCAUCUGGCUCUAGUUGCUACGAAACGGCCGCUGAUGAUUCAUUGGCGAACAGCUCGAAAGAUGUUACAGAGGCAGCAGCGUUGAACGUUGAUGACUUGUUUUAUGCGGCCAUAGCCAAGGCUAAGCCACAUGGCAUAUCUAAGAUCGAGCAGGAAGAGCUGCUGUCUGAUAUGCAGGAGACUUUAAUGGAUAUGGCACUCAGUGAUGCGGCAGAUAACACUAUCAUUGAAUUGUCAUCGUCCAGCGAGAAUGAAGAAGAGCAGGAUGGAGAGCGCAACGAGGCGAGCAGGGAAAGCAUUAAACAGGAGGAAUGCUCUCUAAUUGAUUUAGAUGAUGAGGAAGAUAAGGAAAACAAGUCAACACGUUUGAAUGGCACCAUAGAGGAAAUGGAUUACAUGUUGAAAAAAGCUCAAGAAUACAUGGAAACUAACAAAACCCCACAAGAAUCAUCAGAGCAGCAACCAGAUUCAAACAUAAUUCAUUUGCAUCAGAAAACAAAGUCGCCGCAUAAAUUUAUCAGGCCCCAAAAUAAAUGUGAGCCAAUGUUACCCGAAAAGCCGCUGCCGGCCACUGGCAGAUUGCGGCAUAAAAUCAAUAUGAAUUAUCUGCCAACCGAAAAGUUCUUCAACGAACCCAUCUUGCGUCGCCUCGCAAAGAGUCAGACAGAUAAUUUUGCCCAUAUCGUCAGUCCCAUACGUGCCUAUACACAAAAAUCCAGUAGUGCGCCCCUGAUGAGCAUAUUCCGGGCAACAUCAAAUAAUCUGAGCGACACGCAGCUGGAGGAGGAGAACUCACUGAUAUGUCAGCUGAAGAGGGGCCAGGCAGCCGCCCUAGCAGGCAAGGAAGCAAAAGUUAAUCCAGAAUACUUUAAUCCAAGUGCUCCAUUUCUGCCCAAGAAGGCAUACAUAUGUUCUAAUUUGCAGCAGGUCGUUGAUGAACGUACUCCCUUGGCGAUGCCGAGUGUGUCGCAAAUCCAAAACUAUUUGGAUUCAGCCUCCGACCCAACAGUGGUGCGUCACGAUGGCAAGAUAAAGACGCCUGGCAAGAGCUGUGCCACCAACCAAAAUAAAUCGUAUAUACCUCGCCGUGUUAAUCAAAGUUUGGCAGAUUUGUCGCUGGCCUCCGGCGACGUCUCCUUGCACACUAUAAAGGAUGCUAAGAAAUUUUAAUUAUUUUUGUU